CAAAUAAGAAUUGCAACUUGGAACUUAUAAAUGCGUUUGGAUAGAAGUGGUUAUAAGAAUAACACCCUUUUAAUUCAAAAAAGGGCAGUUCUGUAUAUUUUAUAGUAAUUUAUUUUGUUUUUAUCAACUUGCUACAUUUUCAAUUAUAUCCAGGGGGAAGUUUGCAAAAUUUUAAGACCUUUAUUUAUUUAUUUAUCUAUUCAGAAAUAUAUCUGUGUAAGAAUAUAAGUUUUUCAUUUUUUCAUAACAUGGGAAUCAAUCUAUCAACUUCAUCUAUUCCAGAUGAUACAGAGGGUCUUGGAAAUGUUAUCUAUGAUCAAAAUGGUAUAUAUUAUGAUAACCAGAUUAUAUCUGGGCUGUCAGUUUAUACUAAACGAGGUGGCAAGGCUGUUAACCAAGAUUGUGCUGUCCUGUGUCAGGGCUAUGGAUCAGAAAAUGGUGUACUUUGUGGAGUAUUUGAUGGUCAUGGGAUAGAAGGUCAUCUUGUGAGCAAGGAUAUUAGUCGCCGCUUGCCAUUGUUAAUACUAAAGCAAAAGAUUGCAAUGUCAGGGCCACAGACAACAAGUAACAGCGAAAGUGAUCAAACAACAAAUUCGGGUUGUUCAUCACUAAACAACAGCAAGGAAUUCCUUGAAUGGAAGGAGGCAUGUAUAAAAGCUUUCCAACAAAUGGAUGAUGAAGUGCUUAAGAAGGUGCUUUCAGAGAGGCGCGAUUUUUUCAGUGGAAGUACUGCAGUAGUGGCUCUGAAACAGAGUGACGAUCUACUCAUCGCGAACCUUGGGGAUUCAAGGGCUAUUCUAGGAUGCAAAGGAGAAAGUGGAGUUACUGCUGUUCAAUUAACCACUGAUUUAACGCCUGGCAUACCUGAUGAAGCUGAUAGAAUAAGAAGGUUCAACGGCAGGGUGUUGGCAAUGAAGAACGAACCGAAUGUCAAACGAGCGUGGUUACCUCUUAUUGACAGACCUGGCCUGGCUAUGUCUCGUUCCUUUGGAGAAUUUUUGAUGAAAAAGUGUGGCAUAAUCUCUACUCCAAUAAUCACUCGUCACCAUAUAACUCCGAAUGACUUGUUUAUCUUGCUUGCUAGUGAUGGGAUAUGGGAUGUCUUGAGCAAUGAGGAAGUAGCAUCAAUAGUAUGGGGUGUACAGCAAGAAGAGAUGGCCGCAAAAGCAGUUAUAGAUGCUGCAGUUGUAGCAUGGAAGAAGAAGUUUCGAUUUGACAAGCGUGACGAUUGCACUGUUGUCUGCUACUUCCUACAGAAGAAGGGUCAGAGUCAUCAGACAUCAGCAAAUCCAACUCUUGAAACAAAGCUCCCAUAAUCAUAAUUCAUGGUGAUCUUGACUCGAAACAAAGGACUCGAAAAAGAGGUUUUACACUCAAUCUUUUGUGGUAAGCAAGCUUGAAGAAUGAAGAUUGGGGUGUGAAAUUGAUAAAUCGUUUUGAAUGUGUACAGAUUUUAGAAAAUUUAAGACUCUAUCAUCUAUUUCCCUGUAAGUUGUAACAAAUAGAGUAGAGUAUGAAUGUGCAUUGUGUAGAUAUAUUGUAAAGGUCUUGUGGCAAAGUAUAGUAGUAUGUGUUUGUGAGUCAAAUCGAUUCCUUUUUAUUUCA